UAACCUUUGUUGGUGAUACACCUUUUAUCACAGUUCUCUUCGAGUAACAAGCAAUAUUUUUGUUUAAGUUAUUAAUUAGUACCUAGUUUAAAAAAUAAUCCCGAAUUUUAAAUCAAGAUGGUUAACAUGUUUAGUAACAGAGUUAUAAAACAUAUUAUGUUUGGAUUUAACUUUAUUUUUGUGAUAACAGGAAUCAUCAUAUUGGCUGUGGGAGCAUCAGUAAAAGCAUACUACUAUCCCUACGAGACAUUUUUAGACGAUAGAUACUUUUCACUACCAAAUAUGUUGAUUGCUACAGGCUCAUUAAUCUUUUUUAUUUCUUUCUUGGGAUGCUACGGUGCGAUGAGGGAAAAUUGGGUGAUAUUAAUGAUUUUUUCAGUCCUGCUGUCUGUAAUAUUUAUAUUUGAAUUAUCCGUGGGUAUAGCUGGUUACGUGUUAAGAGAUAAAACGUCUUACUACAUAGAGAAUACACUAUCUGGAAGCAUGGUUACUUAUAAGACUCAGCACGCAAUCAGCAGUAUGUGGGAUGUAAUUCAAGAACGGUUCCAGUGUUGUGGAGUGAAUGACUACAGUGACUGGCGGAUACCUCUCGGUAGUAACUUGUUGCCAGUAUCCUGCUGCCCCCGUAGUAGCGGUACAGUAGGAGCUUUUUACUGUAACUCAGAUACACAAAAUACUACUACGACUACGGAACCGGUAGUAUCAACUGAAUCAACAAUAGCAAUGUCAUCAACGGUAGAAACAACUGUUAGUGAAACACCGGAGAUAUUGAUAUCUGAUACAACAAGCUCUGAAACAGUGACACCUGUUGCAACGAUAUCUGAAACAACAACGGUUGAGUUAACAACAAUACCGAAUGAGACUACAACGGUGAAUGAGUCAACAACACUGAAUGAGUCAACAACGGUGGAUGAAUCGACAACGGUGGAUGAGUCAACAACAUCGGUCAACGUAACAGAUACUACUCAGAAUGUUCCAGAAAUAGUUAACGUAGCUAAUACAUCUUAUCCUGAUUCUUCGUCUGCACCAUAUACAUCGGGAUGCCUUUCAUUAUUUGGAAAUUUUGUGAAACGGCACGCUAUAGAUAUUGGGGCUGUUGGUAUAUCAUUAGCUGUUAUUCAGCUUCUGGGAAUUUGCUUGUCCUUCUACUUGUCCCGGCAGCUCAAGAAUGGUUAUUAUAGUACAUAACAGU